CUGCUUUUCUACACUCUCUUUUCUCUCUAUCAUUCUUUGUACAUCACUCCAUCUGGCAUCUUGUAUCUCGACACAUCUUCAACUCGCAACUCGAUACGUACAACAUGGACGUCGUUACCAGAAUUCCUGAAUUGGCCAAGCAGUUCCGAGAGACCCGUCUCUCGGCUCUCCGACCCGUAAACGAGUUUUUCGAUCACCAAAGGCUCUCUAGGCCUGCCGAUAUGAACGAAGCUACCUCGAGGCUCUCUUAUAACACCCGAUACUUUUCCGGCAACUAUGGUAUCGUGAUCGCCCUGCUUGCGGUUUACGCUCUCUUGACCAACUUGGCACUCCUGAUCGCCCUCAUCUUCCUCAUCGGAGGUUUCGCCGCUAUCAACCGGUUCGCUCCUGAGCCUAUGCAAGUCGGAGACCACGUCAUAACCCAAAAAUCGCUCUACACCGGUCUCUUUGUUAUCGGUAUCCCUCUUCUCUGGAUCGCCGCACCCCUGAGUACCCUCUUCUGGCUCGUCGGUUCCAGCUCGAUCUUGAUCAUGGGACACGCCAGCCUGAUGGAGCCCGGUCUCGAAAGCGAGUAUGGAAACGUCGAGACGGUCUAAGUCGGCUUGCAAGACAGCUUGCCUGCCAUUGCGCCUCGCCAUACCCCAAAUAGAUGUCGUCUUGUCGGUGGUCGAUAAUCAGUGUCCCUACCUUCCUUCACAACGCCAAUGUAGUCUGCUAGGUUAGAAUCAGAGUGAUGCUUAGAGGGGUGUUAUCUAUCGUGCUUCGAACUCCCGUAUCGACAGGAGUUGGGCUUUGAUGAUGCCGCCACGACGAGCGGCC